CAUGAAAUUUUAGAGUCCCAAAGUGUUAGACCAUUUUCUAUCCAUUUUAGAUGUAGACAUCGAUGCACGUGUCAUAUUUUUCAUAGAAAUCCCAUGUUUCAUGUACAGUUUUUUUUUUUUUUUCUUUGAGCAUCACGGAAAUUUGUGUAUUUGCUGUCAUGUAAACAUUAUCCUUUAAAAAAAGUAACCAACCUGAUCCAUGUAUUCUUUUAUGCAUAUCAGCAUGUGAAGUUUCUUUUUAUUUUUUCUCGGUGUUAUAUAAAUCUAAAUCUUCUUCAGGUUUCAACAUUUGUUUUUUGGGGUAGUUUCUGAAACUUGAUUCCAUUAGUUGGCAAAUUUCCUGUUUUUCUUCUUUCUUCUGCUUCCAAGAAUUGGAAUAUCACAAAUGGGUGAAGGUCAUCUGAAUGGAAUGUUUCAAGCUCCAGGUUUUGUUGUGAACAAGGAUAAACAUGAUCAGAAACAUGGUGAUCAUCGCUGGAUGAACAUGGAAGAUGAUGAUAUUAACAAUAUUGAUGAUGAUGUAACUGCAACUUCUGAAUCGUCACUGGGGGAAUAUUCAAGAAGUUCUCAGGGAUCAAUUUCUUCUUCAUCAGACUUGGUAGAUGAUGCAUCUUCAUCAACUUCAAAUUCUUCCACCAAUUGUAAUGGACCUUUAUAUGAAUUGUCAGAGCUCAUGGCCCAACUUCCCAUCAAGAGAGGACUUUCCAAGUAUUUCCAAGGCAAAUCUCAGUCGUUUACAUCCCUUUCAAGUGUAAAAAGCAUAGAAGAACUUGCGAAGAAAGAAACUCCUUACAGAAAGAAAAUGAAGGCGUGUAAAAGCUAUGGGGGUGGGUUGGAUACCCACAAAUUGUACACUCUUCCAAGGGCCACCAUCUCAAAGAAAGUCUCGAGAAAUUCUAUGUCAUCCUUAUCUUUUCCAGGCAGAAGAAGUAGUUUUUUAGGCGGCAGGCCUCCUCUAAUUCCCGUACAAAAGAAGUUUUGAUCUGUACAUAGGGACUUUAUCAAGUUGCAUAAUUCACGGCAACACUGUGAUGAUCAAAUCUAUGGCCAAAACUCUAUUUUACUAAAUCUUUUUUAUGGAAAAGGCCAGAAGGCAAAAUUCCAAUUUGUGGCUGCCAAAUUUUGUUAUUUUUUUAUCCUUAACUCUAAUACAUGAAGUUUAACAUAUAAAAUGUGUGUUUUUACUUUGUUAUUUUUU